AUGGCAAUAAAGAGGAAAAGCAAGAAUAUGAAACUUAUAAGCCUUGACAAGAAAGUGCCAGUAAAAAAUAGUCAAGGUAAUGGUGAGCAAAAUAAGGCCGAUAAUGAUAAUACCGAGCAAAAGUUAAAGACGAUUAUUAAGGAAGAUAUUGCUAAAAAAGACGAAGAAGUAUCAAGCAAGUUAACUAAUGCUCUGCAAGGACUUUCUGGAAAAACUGAGAAAGAAAGAGAAAAUAGUUUAGUUGACAUUGAAAAAUCAAAAAACGAAGGAAAAAUAAGCGAAGUUCAAAAAGACAAAAUUACUGAGAAAAAAAAUGAACUAGCCAAAAAUGACCCCCGAGGAUAUGGAAAAAUGAUGGCCAAAGUAAUUAAUGAGAAAAUCAAGGAAUUUAAAGUGGAGAUUGAUAAAUUGGGACAAGCAACAAAAGAAAAAUUAGUUAAGUUACAAAAUGGUGAAUUUACUAGUGAUAUCGAAGUGCGACAAGUUGAGGAAAAAGUUAGCGAAAAAGUUAGUGAAGAGGUAGCGAAUGUCGAAUUAAAUGGUUUAUUGACCGAAGCCCAAAAAAUAUUAAAUGGUGUGGUUAAUAACUUACAAAGUCAAUUAAAAAAAAUCAAAAAAGACUUGUAUGGUAUAAAAUUCAGCACCAAUCCUUACCAACAAAAAGCCUACCAGCAACAGGAAUCAAAAGUAGAAAAAUUAUUAAAAAAUUUAGAGAGUUAUUCACAAACUCAACCGCCAAAGUCAAAUUUCUUCCGUCCGGAAAUGGUUAUUCCAGUUUCUUUGGCGGUAAUAUUAGUGACAGUAGUUGCGAUAGUAGUAGUUAAAAGAAAGAAGCGAAUGAAAGUAAAAUAA